GUAGUUUACAGAGUUGUUUACCGGUGUGUACAGGACGUUGCUGACAAUAUCAUCAGUAGUUUACUGGUGAAUGGGGGACGCAGCUAACAAUAUCACAGGACAGUAGUGAUUGUUAUGGGGAUCUGAUUUUGGUGCGGAGCUUAUCUAUAGACAUUUAGAAAAAUCAAUGAAGGAUACAGGAUCUGUUCAAAAGCCUUCACCGAAAUCCGAGAUGGAUCCUAACCAGAGCGUGAAGUGUAAAAUCGUUGUCGUUGGGGACAGCCAGUGUGGAAAAACUGCUCUACUUCACGUCUUUGCAAAAGAUUGCUUUCCAGAGAACUAUGUCCCAACUGUGUUUGAGAACUACACAGCCAGUUUUGAAAUCGACACGCAAAGAAUAGAACUCAGUCUCUGGGACACUUCAGGAUCUCCGUACUAUGACAAUGUGCGACCACUCUCCUACCCAGACUCUGAUGCAGUCCUCAUCUGCUUUGAUAUCAGCAGACCAGACACCCUGGACAGUGUACUGAAGAAGUGGCGAGUAGAGAUCCAGGAGUUUUGUCCCAACACCAAGAUUCUGCUGGUGGGAUGCAAGUCAGACCUCCGCACAGACCUCACCACACUGGUGGAACUGUCCAAUCACAGACAGACACCCGUGUCAUAUGAUCAGGGCUCCAACAUGGCCAAGCAGAUCAGUGCUCCCUACAUCGAGUGUUCAUCCCUGCAGUCUGAGAACAGCGUCAGAGACAUCUUCCACGUGGCCACGCUUGCGUGUGUCAACAAGAGCAACAAGAACGUCAAACGCAACAAAUCCUCCAGGGGCACCAAGAGGAUCUCGCACAUGCCCAGUAGGCCCGAACUCACCGCUGUCACAUCAGACCUGCGUAAAGACAAGGCCAAGAGCUGUACAAUAAUGUGAUUGGUUGGGGUAGGGAGACUGACUGUGGACUGUGGGAGGAGCAGGCAGGUGAUGGGGACUGGACACUUUGCAUAGAGCCCCUCCCACUCGACUCACACGCAAAGGAGUGAGAAGCCGAGUUAGUGCUGCACUUUAAAUCAGCUUCUCCACUGGUUUGUAUUGACGCAAAACGUACAAACUUACAUCAAGCUGCCCUAGUCUGCGCCAUAGAAGUUCACCAGGGAGACUGAAGGAAACCGGACACUGGAGCCCAUCUGAGGCUUCAGAAUUGGGUUUUGGUUUAUUUUUAAGGCCAAGAUGGUCAACAACCCUUUGACAUAAACUACAAGAAAGAGAUGGAAGACAUGCUGACUUCUGUCGGUCCUCUCAAGCUUUCUUUACCCCAGGAAAUAAUGUUUUUGGUCCUGCAAUUACAUCAUAACCUUUUGGUCUGGGAUCUGGACAGGAAAAGAACUAGUGGUAUCAGGUUUUAAUUUUAUCUUUAGAAAGAUAUGAGAAGUAGUAUGGUGGUGGAUUCACCACUGAGUGACAAGAUUGUUGUUUAGAAGCAAGAGACUGCCGCUGUGUUCUGCUACAGUAAAAUGGAUCAAGAAGACAAAUGGAUCUCUUGCACUGGCCCCUGGGUCUGGCACUUACAAAGUUACUAAAGGACAGAAACACUGGUUUGUUCACAUUGCCCAUCUUCUCCCCCUUUCUCUUUUGUUACUGCCUUUAUGAGUUUGCCAAAUGGGAUGUUUGUUAUAAGCUGUUGCACACUGUUACGAAAGAUCUGAAAGCCUUUUUACUAUGUUUUGCUCCUUUGCAUAUCGUUCUAGUGCUGUUUUUAAACCUCAGCAUAGUCUGAACCCUUUGUUUUGCUGUUUAUCAUUUACAACCAAAAAAGCUUGACAGAGUGUUGAAAUCGCUCACAAAGUAGCUCUCUGGCAACGACUAAUGUGAUAAGCUGUGUAACGACCAUGACCAAUGAUUUUGAAGGAUGUGCUACAGUAUCUCUGAGGACAUAUCCUACACCCCUGCUCUUCUGUCACACUUCUGUCACUGGGAUGACUGCUCUCCCUGCUCUUCUCUCCCUGGCAUCGCAAGAGUUACAGGCAGCACAGCUGCCCAGUACAUGUGGUGCACAAUGCACACCCAUGCCGAGCUUAAUUAAGGGCUUAAACAUGGCCAGUGCUGAUCAAGCCACUGAGCUUCGGUUAUCGGCCCAGAAGACCAUUGCACAGAUCUUUUCAAGGAUGUCCUCGGCUAUGCAAUGUGAGGAUUCUUAUCGAACUCCAAGAAGGACAAUGGUCUGUAAAGACAAGUCUAGUUAUCAAUGUUUGCUGGUUCAUGACCUGUACAGUGCUCUUAUUGAUUUGGGGCGUCAGUGGUUAGCCUAGCGGUUAGAGCAUUGGACUAGUAAACAAAAGGUUGCAAGUACAAAUCCCCGAGCUGACAAUGUACAAAUCUGUAGAUCUGCCCCUGAACAGGCAGUUAACCCACUGUUCCUAGGCAGUCAUUGAAAAUGAGUUUGUUCUUAACUGACUUGCCUAGUUAAAUAAAGGUUAAAUUAAAAUACAACUGUUAUUUGAUAAUGAAUGUGACCAGCACACUGGGGCGGUAGGCUAAGUCCAGUCGCUAAGUAGAACUAACCCGUAGCUAUAGCUCAUGGCGGCAGGUAACCUUGCGGUUAAGAGCGUUGCGCCAGUAACCGAAAGGUUGUUGGUUCGACUCCCCAAGGUGGGGAAAAAUCUGGCCUUCUGCCCUUGAGCAAGACGGUUAACCAUCUGCGCCUGGGGAACAGUUGGGGAUGUGGAUGUCGAUUUAAGGCAGCCGCUCCCCCAUUUGGUUAAAUGCAGAAGACGCAUGAUUGUUGUUGUGCAACUGAGAGGUAUCUCCCUUUCUCUCCACCCUCUCCAAGCAGUUGCUGUGAAACUAGAUUUACAUCUUUCACAUGUAACAGUUACAAUUUCAGUCUUCAGUUGUCUCUGCAGCAUAGUAAGUACUUGGGUGUUGUUGGUGUUGAAGUCUGUUGAGCUGAUUUCAGAACAGCCCCCCCCCCAAGGCAGUAUAUCAGCUAGCGGGUGUAGCCUUAGCUCUCGGUAGGAAAAAAUUGUAAAUUAAAGUUCAGAAUGUGUUAGUUGUAGAAUAUCAACCCUUUUUUUAAAUGUUUAGUCCAUUUGUAUGUAUGAUGUUUCGACAGUAUUUAUUGAAGUUAUAUAUUUUACCUUUUUUGGAAAAUAAAGUUCAGUGUACAGUACAACGUCUUGAGACUUAAUCUUGACAUGGGUAUUUUGUCAAACUGUUUGGAAUACCACUGUCUGGAACUCGUAGCAGAACACAUUAUGAACAAU